AUGACACUGCGCACGAGCAAUCAAUUGUUCGACGCUUACUUCACGGCGGACAGCAUGGCCGAGGUGUUCUGCGACCAGGGACGCUUGCAGGGUAUGUUGGAUUUUGAAGCCGGGUUGGCCCGGGCCCAGGCCCAGGUCGGCUUGAUUCCCCAGGCGGCUGUCGCACCCAUCGCCCAGGCAUGCCUGGCGUCGCUGUACGACGUGGAUGCCCUGGGCGUGGCGAUUGCCACGGCGGGGAAUUCGGCGAUUCCGCUGGUGAAGGCGCUGGGCAAGUUGAUUGCCAGUGAAGAUGCCGGGGCCGAGCGCUACGUGCAUCUGGGCGCGACCAGCCAGGAUGUGAUGGACACCGGCCUGGUGCUGCAACUGCGGCGAGCGGUUGCAUUGAUCGAAACGGACCUGGCACGCCUGGGCGAUAUUCUUGCCAGCCAGGCCCAGCGUUAUGCCGGUGUGCCCUUGGCGGGGCGGACCUGGCUGCAGCAUGCGACGCCGGUCACCCUGGGGAUGAAAAUCGCCGGUUGGCUGGGGCCGUGACCCGCAGUCGCCAGCGCCUGGCAGAGCUGAAGCCGCGCCUGCUGGUGCUGCAAUUCGGCGGUGCGUCCGGCACCCUGGCAGCGCUUGGCGAGCAGGCAAUGCCCGUGGCCCAGGCGCUGGCAGCGGAGUUGCAACUGAGCCUGCCCGAGCAACCCUGGCACACCCAGCGCGAUCGCCUGGUCGAACUCGCCAGCGUGCUCGGUUUGAUCGCCGGCAGCCUGGGUAAAUUGGGCCGCGAUAUCAGCCUGUUGAUGCAGACCGAAGCGGCGGAAGUUUUCGAACCUUCGGCGCCGGGCAAGGGCGGUUCUUCCACCAUGCCGCACAAACGCAACCCGGUGGGCGCAGCCGUGCUGAUCAGCACAGCCACCCGUGUGCCGGGCCUGGUGGCGACGAUGUUCAGCGCCAUGCCCCAGGAACACGAGCGCAGCCUGGGCCUGUGGCAUGCCGAAUGGGAAACCUUGCCGGAGAUCUGCCGCCUGGUGUCUGGUGCACUGCAACAGGCUUUGCUGGUCAGCGAAGGCUUGGAAGUCGACCCGCAGCGCAUGGCGCAAAACCUCGACCUGACCCAGGGCCUGGUGUUGGCCGAAGCCGUGAGCAUCGUGCUCGCCCAGCGACUGGGCCGGGAAACGGCACACCACCUGCUGGAGCAAUGCUGCAAGCGUGCUGUCGCCGAGGGGCGGCACUUGCGUGCGGUACUGGCGGAUGAACCGCAGAUCACUGCCGAGCUGUCAGCGGCCGAAUUGGACCGCCUGCUCGACCCGGCCCAUUACCUGGGCCUGGCGCAAACCUGGGUCACCCGCGCUGUAGCCGAA